UGCCCUACAAGAACAAAUAUUCCUUCUCACUUCCCAGUAAUCUUCUUCAGUCAUUACUAUAUAACCAGAUAGAAAUUACUUGUUCACCAAGUAAACCUGAAUUCCUUUGAUGCUUAAACCAACUGAUUCUGCAGAAGUUUAAUCUUCUGAAUUAGUUAACAAUGGUGGAGGAGGCUAUAAUGAUCUGUAUUGAUAAUUCUGAGUGGAUGCGUAAUGGUGAUUACCCGGACGACCGGUUUGAUGCACAAUGUUGGGCUUUUAUUUCGAUUUGUGGUGCUAAACACCUGUCAAACCCUGAGAAUACAGUUGGAGCAUUGACCAUGGCUGGCAAAGGAGUUCGUGUAUUAGUCACUCCGACCAGUGACUUUGGAGAACAGUUAUCUUGCAUUCGCGGAUUAAAUAUUGGUGGUGAGAUGAAUUUGGCUGCUGGACUCCAGGUGGCACAGAUGGCUCUGAAGCAUCGGCAAAACAAAACGCAGCAGCAGAGGAUCAUUCUUUUUGCUGGCAGCCCUGUUAAACAAGACAAGAGGGUCUUGGAGAUGAUUGGAAGAAAGUUGAAGAAGCAUAGCGUAGCUCUAGAUGUUGUUGAUUUUGGUCAAGAAGAUGCGAAGAAGGCUGAGAAGCUUGAGGCAUUAGUUGCUGCAGUUAACAACAAUGAUAACAGUCACAUCAUUCAUAUUCCUCCUGGGGCUAGAAAACUUUCUGAUGUGCUAAUGAGUAGUCCUAUCUUUACCGCAGAUGUUAAGUCUAGAGAUAGAUAUGCUGCAGUUACUGCUGGUGCAGGGCCUGGCUAUGAUUUUGGUGUUGAUCCUAACUUGGAUCCUGAGCUUGCUCUGGCACUUCGAGUUUCAAUGGAGGAGGAAAGGGCUAGACAAGCAGCAGCAGCAAAGAAGGCUGCACAAGAAGCUGCAAAACAAGAAAAAGGAGAAAUGCAGUCAACUUCCCAGGACGUUACAAUGACUGAAAAUGUCAGUGCCCGAAGGUCUGAAACUGAAAACAAGGCAGCUGAUCUACUGGAUAAUGAUCUUGCCCUGUUACAACAAGCACUUGCAAUGUCGAGGGAUGAUUCUUCCUCCGACAUUGCUACAAGAGGCACAGACAUGUCAGAAGCAGAUUUUGAAGAUCAGGAGUUGCUACUAGCUCUUCAAUUGUCCGUACAGAACAAUUCAAAAGAUGAGACAGAUGUCACUAAAUUGUUGGCAGACCAAUCAUUCGUGUCAUCAAUUUUGGCUUCACUUCCAGGUGUUGAUCCGAAUGACCCUUCAAUUGAAGGUUUACUUGCUUCUAUGCAAAGCCAGUCUGAGUCGCAGAAUGAUGAGAACAAGGAACAACAAGAGGACAAGAAGUGAUGAUAUGCCCAAAUCUUAUUGUUCUCAUAAUUGUGCUUAUAUCAUAGGGAUGUGACUAUUUUUCUUUGUAGGCCAACAAAUUCAGUUGGUAGUCAAGAAAUGAUGCAGAUUGAUGAAAUUUGAUUCUGGGAGUGGGGUUUAUAGUGCCUUUUUUGUAAAAAAAUAAUAAUCAAACUAGUACUUGUUACCCUUGACCUUGCUUCUCAAUGUGAAAUAUAGUUGUACUGAGAAAAUGUCAAAUGUCCAACCUGUGUUUACUAUUGCAUGGGGUGAUUUGAGUUUGGCUUUCUACUUGAUGUCUUGUUUUUUUUGGUUUA